CCCAUUAUCAUUAUCAUCAUCAUCAUCAUCAUCAUCAUCAUCAUCAUCAUCAUCACACCCUUCACUAUCACUUUGUGUCUCUCAAUUUCAACAACUAGCUCUAGGGUUCCUUCCUUCUUUCCUUGUUGUUCACUUGCUCUGCUUCUUCUUCUUCUUCUUGUAGGUCAGCUUUUUGUCUGUUGCUUCUCCAAAUCAGCUGUCCUUUUACAGCAGGGAACGAUGAACAGGGCAGUUAAUGCAUUUUUGUCCCGUGGAAAUUUGAUCAAGAAUGCGGUUUUGCAACAUGCCCGUGUUGUUGCCAAUCCAGGAUUGAGGCCUAUUGUUUUCUCACGUUUUGAAUCUGUUUCGUCGGCUCGAAUGGAAGAGCAAAGCUUUGAGAGCACCACGAUUGCGGACGUCUUGAAAGGAAAAGGGAAAAGUGCUGAUGGAUCUUGGCUUUGGUGUACUACUGAAGACACUGUUUAUGAUGCUGUUAAGUCGAUGACCCAUCACAAUGUUGGAGCCUUGGUGGUUGUGAAACCUGGUGAGCAGAAGUCAAUUGCAGGAAUUAUCACAGAGAGAGAUUACUUGAGGAAGAUCAUAGUACAGGGAAGAUCAUCCAAGUCAACUAAGGUUGGGGAUAUUAUGACUGAAGAGAAUAAGCUUAUCACAGUCACUCCUGAUACUAAGGUUCUGCGAGCAAUGCAACUGAUGACAGAUAACCGCAUCAGGCACAUUCCAGUCAUCAAUGAUAAGGACAUGGUUGGUAUGUUGUCCAUUGGAGAUGUUGUACGUGCUGUGGUGGCUGAGCACCGGGAGGAGUUGGAACGCCUGAAUGCUUACAUACAAGGAGGUUAUUAGAUGAUGACGAUGACGACAAUGAACAAGAGGAAUUGCUGCUGGUGCUCCUUUUAGAAGACCAUUAAGCCAAGAGCCUGUAAAUGUAGUGUGUUGUAUUUGCCUCCUGUUUUGUGGUUCUUACCUGCUUCCCGCAUCAGAAUCUCUGAUGUCUAAUAACAGCAUCUGGACUAACAGCUUAAGAAUAAGCACAAUCAUGUUGUUUGAGACUCUUUGUCUAUACACCUUAGACAAAUGCGGUCAAUGCUGCCUCAUCCAUGGCUGCGAACUUAUAAAUUUCCAAUGCCCUUUAGAAACAUUUAGUUUUGAAGAUCUUUCAUGGCCUCCUUAUGCCAAUCUAAGGAUAGCAAAGUGCAUUUUCAUGUUCA